AUGGAACCUUUCACCGCGCCAAACCCGGAGUUGUAUUCGAAGCUUUUCGGACUCAACUUCAAAGGCGCUUCCACGUCGGGGAAAAUUUGGAUCUUUACUAGAGAGGGAUUUAACUUUGAUGUUAUGGAUGACUCCGAGCAAGCUCUCCACGGUAUACUUCGCUUGGAGGCAUGCAGCCAACCUGUGGCGGUCACGACGGCUAUCUAUGCUAAGUGUACUCGCGCGGAAAGAUAUCCACUUUGGUACAAAUUGCGGGAUCUUGCGGACAACUUAGAGAGUCGGCCGUGGAUUAUUGGAGGGGACUUCAACAACAUUCUUAACCCACGAGAUAGGUCCGGGAGCGAGUCUAAUAGGCAAGCGGAGAUGUUGGACUUCGCGGAAGCAAUCGAAGAUUGUAGACUGGUCGAUGUGGGCUUUGACGGUGCACCUUUCACUUGGGCAAAGAACAACCUAUUUGAGAGGCUUGACAGAGUUUUUAUAAAUGAGCAGUGGAUGAGCGUUUUCGAGGCAACAAGAAUCACGAACCUGCCUCGCGUCACCUCAGAUCAUGGUCCCAUCCCGGUUCGAUGCAAAACAAAGGUGACAGGGGACAAGGUAGGAACUUCCGAUUCCAGAACAUGUGGUUGA